CGAAGCGAGGCGGGAUUUCGGCCGGAUAUGAAGCUCCUAAACAGGAAAUGUGGCAGUUUCAUCCUGAUCUGCGAGCCGGCGCCAUGGCGGCCUACGAGCAGGUCCAAAAGGGGCCCUUGAAGCUGAAAGGCGUCGCAGAGCUCGGCGUGACCAAGCGGAAGAAGAAGAAGAAGGACAAAGACAAGGCGAAACUCCUGGAAGCCAUGGGCACAAGCAAAAAGAACGAGGAGGAGAAGCGGCGCGGCCUGGACAAGCGGACCCCGGCCCAGGCUGCCUUCGAGAAGAUGCAGGAAAAGCGGCAAAUGGAAAGGAUCCUGAAGAAAGCCUCCAAAACCCACAAGCAAAGAGUGGAGGACUUCAACAGACACCUGGAUACGCUCACAGAGCACUAUGACAUUCCCAAAGUCAGCUGGACGAAGUAGCCUCCCACCGGAGCAUGGGUUGGCACCGAGGGGAAACAGAAGGCCAGCUUGGGGUUAUGCUUGGUGCCUUUGGUAUUUUCUAGAACACUCUUACAUACACCCUGCGUCUUCUGCUGAGACAGUGCUUUUCAAAGCAGUGUGCCCUCAUUCUGGAACUUGAUUAAAGUAAGACUUUUACUCUAUUUUAGUUUCUCAGUAGCACAUUGAAGAUGAAGCUUUUUAGUUUGGACUGGAAAUUAUUGAGAGUUUUCCCAGAGAUUAAGGUGGUUUUUGCGGAAGUAUUUUUACACCCAAGUUGCAUCUAACUCAUGUUGACAGUCCACCAGCUGUCUCUGCCUGGAGGAAACUGUCCCCAGAGGAGAAGCAACGGACCCUCAUGGGGCCCUGCCUGUGCUGCCCUUCCAAGUUCCCUCUAGCUUGGGGCUUAUGCUCUUCCAUCCAGGGCCUGGGGAAGCCAUUUGCAGCUAUGGCCUUCCGACUGCCUCCUCAGCCCCGCUGGCCAGGGAGGAUAACUGCCCAAGGCAAGGAUGGGAUGAACGCCUUGCCCCUUUCUGAGCUGAGCUAGUGGCUGGCAUGCAGCCUGUUCCCAUUCCAGACAUGUCAGGUGAGGUGUUGCCAUGGCAGAUAUUGCUAGUCAAGUGCCACGUUCUUUGUAAUGGAACCCAGACACUGCUUCCUGCCUCACUACCUUCACCGCUGAGCUCCAGACAGCCCCCAGUGUGUGCUCAGAGUUGGCACAUCCAUGAAACCUGUUUGGCAUUCCCAGUCUUAAGGACGCCUCAGGGUAAUGGACCCCGGACAGUGACCCACACAGACAGACAAGGGUGCAGUCCCAGGGGAGGACCAGGUUCCAGUGCUGCAGAGCCAGAGUCUUUGAGGGCCUGCAUGUCCCCCCACUGCAUGAGGAUCGGACUGCAUAUGCUACUGGAAGAAAUGGUCUCUGUUGAUAUACAUCUGAAACAACAAAUUCAGAAGAAAAAAAUCUAAGUGUUGGGCUUGGGGCUGUCAUAUGUGAACUGCAGAAUAAAGCAAAACCAGUUAUU